GUGAUGCAGUCCUCGCGUACGCCUGGUUUUUUAAUACCAGCAGAUUGUCGAAACUCAAGACAAUCCAAGUUGAAACACCUGAAACGCUACACAGUAAACGGGUUGUUUGCAUUAGUGACAUGCGUGUUGAUGUACAGAGACUGGGCCACUUCCGAAUCGUCGGCUGCGGAAAUAGCGUUCCGAAUUUUACCACUAUACGUGCAGAUACUGAUAACGUUAUUGGUCGGUACGACACGACAAUUAAUUGUAAUUCACUGCCACAUUUCCGGUGACUACCGAACGUGGUCCGGUUGGUCUUACUGGGCGGUGACGUCCGUGUGUUUGUUCAGUAGCAACUGGUUACGUUUGUCGCAUCGCGAUAGUGGUGCUAUAAAUUGGGAAGAUAUGCUCCAGAUUUUCUUGUGUUUCAUUCCAUUACUUUCGGAAAUUCAUUUUUGCCGGAUGUGUGCCGAAAUCAAAAAAAGCCACCACAACCUUAACAAAAUGGUGGCGGAUGGAUGUAACUCCACAGCGAAGCUUUCGGCAGUCAGAGCGCAGAGAAAAGCAUUGAUUGAUCGCACGGGAAAAAUUAUCAGUAGCAUAACGUAUGGUGCGCAAAUACUAAUGGUGAUCGGUACAACGGCCGCAGCUGCGGUGUUUGAAGUCCAUCGAGCGCUCCUGUCAACGGAACGUUCCGGACCAGCGGCCGACUUAUUGGAUGUAUUACAACGAUUUCUGAGGCUGUUUGCAUUGUGCAAGGUUUCCGGUGACGUUGGAAAGGUGGCAAACGAAAUCGUGACGAUCUUACUGGACAUAAACCCGAGCACGGACACACAUCUAGAAGACGAAAUUUCAUUUUUCCUGUGGGAAAUUGAGAAUCCUCCUGCAGAAAUGCGCUUAGCGUGCGGUACAUUGGUGCUUGGCCCAAGGUUGUUCGUAUCCGUAAGUUAUAUAUUAUAUCGCUGA